AGUGCUGUUGUAAAUGCAUUUGCCAACUGCAAUUGCCAAGUCAUAGCUAAUGUAUUUUACAAUCUGACUGUGCCUGUCUGUUUAUCUAUCAGGGCAUUAUGAUCCUCAAGCAAUUAAUUAACAUAUUGAAAUAGUUCAGCAAUUAUUGCAAAUCAAUGCUGUUUUCUUCAUUCAUCUUUUUGUCACUCCCUCAUCAGGCAGUUCCCAAGUAUGUUUAAUACCGAUCAGCCAAGAGGAAAAAGACGGUUCUCAACCCCUUCCACCUGCACUGUAAAAAGUACAACCUUUCAUUUUUUUGUCCUUUCUGAACCAACCCUGUAUACACCAAAGGGCUCUGAAGAGAUAGAAUUUGCCCAUGCUGGCCUUGGUAAAAGGAUGCUCAGUCUAGCAGACCACUUGAAGCACAGUGAGAUUGUGUCUCUUGUAGAGGAUGAAUACUCUAAACUGAAGACCCUAAAAGGAGGAUGGAUGUUUUCCAAGGGAACAGGUGGUAGUGGGCGUCGCAAGCUCACAAUUAUUCCAAUAGACUCUGAAGGCUACUCCACACGUGUGUUAAAAGCAGCUUCAAACAAUGGAAAGAACACAAUCUAUGUGGUUCCAAUACAAGAGCACCUAUCUACAGAGCCAUUGCCUUAUGACUCACCUGAGUUUUCAAAGAUGCCACAGUCAACCUGCAUCACCUGUGGUAGUGAAAUGCCCUUGCAGCUCUUGCCGUUGCAUGUGGGACAAUGCAGUGGCACAAUAACUGGCAAUACACCUGGGGCUAGUCUUGAUGAAGAUUGCCAUGUCAUUGAUCAGCCAGUUGAACCUACCACAGGGACCAGAGAAGGGAUGGGAGUAUCUUUUGAGGUUUGCCCAAUUUGUCUUACACCAUACCCAUUUGAUAUCCUGUUAUCUCAUGCAAGCACGUGUGGUGAUAGAAUGGGCAUCACUCACAGCGAAUCAGCCAGCCCUACAAGGAGAGAGGAAUUGCCAGGACCCUCAGUUCAACAUCUGUCCAUACAACUCUCAGCAGCACAUAUGAACGAACAAGAUCCUUGGAAAGCAUGUCAGCUGUUCCGAGAAGAACUACUGGACAGAAACUCCGAACAUCGACGUCUCUCUCUCACUCUCGACAUGUUUGAUGAACCAGAAGAACAGGACAGUUCGCUGAUUUCGUUCUAUAAAAUGAACAAUGUUAACUGGGCUGCUCCAUUCAAGUGCCAUCUGAGAGGAGAUGCAGCUGUUGGCGAAGGGGUGAACCGACAUGUUUUGUCAUUGGUCAUGCAAAAACUGAAAACUGGUUUCAGUAUAAAUCUAGGCUCUGCUGGUCUCACAACCCUUUUUGAAGGCGAAAAAGAACAUCGGGUUCCCUCCGCAGCUGCUGUGCUUAGGGCAAGUAACCUGUUUGAGAUGGCAGGCCGGAUGAUUGGCCACUCUGUCCUGCAUGGUGGUCCUGGUUUCUCAGGACUCAGUUUUCCUGUGGUUAAACUUUUGACUGGUAGACACAGGGACACUGCAGCAUCCGCUCUGACCCUGCAGGACUGUCCUGAUCUAGAUCACCGCGAAACAAUUGCUCUUCUCACAAAAGCAAAAAUGACUGCAGCAGAAACCACCAGUGUGACUGAUCUUUGCCUGUCCUGGGAUCUCCCGGUUCCUUCACCUACCAAUCAUGACUGGCUGUUUCAAGAACUGCUCACACAAGCAGUACUUGAUCGUGUUGCGCAACCCAUUAAACAGAUCCGGAAAGGCCUGAAAGACACAGGAAUCUGGCCGCUUCUGUCAGAUAGACCAGAUGUUCACCCCAUCAUUUUCCCACGGGAGGCAGAUGAGGAGCUUGAUGCGCAAACUGUGAUCAAGAACAUUUGCUGGCCAAAACCGACAUCUGACAGCGACCAGGAUGAUUACUCUUAUAACUGA